GCAGAGUUACCAGGGUUGGUGGGUGAGAGAGAUCAUUCAUGCGAAAGCUCAUCAUGUUUUCGUAAUGCAAUAACGCUUCUUAUUCGGAAGGACACGAAAUGGGAAGAAUGUCGACCAACUGAUAUGGAAGAACAAGUAUACCGCCAAUCACCUUGGACAGGAGAACAAAGGAAUGGAAUCUUAAGCAACAUGUCCCCUCCUCGCCGAGCACUCAUCAGUGUCACUUCCGCCAAGGCGACCCUUUUUCAAGGAAAAGAGACAACUGGACUAUUCAUCGGCGAAGCCCUGCACCCCUACAGAGUCCUUCGGGCUGCUUGCUUCGAGGUCGACCUAGCAUCGGAAACGGGCACUUACACGGCUGACUGGCUCUCGCAGCAGCCUGACUUCCUCAACGGCGACGACCUGGUCACUUGGAACGAUGUAGAAAGCGACUUUCGAAAGAAGCUCGACAACAUGCCCAAGGCUGCAGAUCUGGAUGGGUCCAAGUAUGGACUUUUCUACGCUUCUGCUGGCCAUGCUGCAUUGAUCGAUUAUCCCACAGCGGCCUCACUUCAAAAGAUUGCAGCUCAGGUUUGGGCUAACGGUGGCGUCGUCUCGUCUGUUUGCCACGGCCCUGCCAUCUUCGCCAAUCUGAUUGAUCCAACCACCAAUGAGCCUUUGAUCAAGGGAAAGAAGAUUACUGGAUUCACUACCGAAGCUGAAUACACCCUUAAGAUCAUGGACGAGCUCAGGAGCUGGAACACCGAGAUGGUCGAGGAAGUUGCCGCUCGCCUUGGUGCAACUUAUCAACGUGCGCCCGGUAUUUGGGACGAUUUCCAUGUCGUAGAUGGCCGUCUCGUGACGGGCCAGAACCCAGCUAGCGCGACCUCUACGGCUGAAGCCGCUGUUGCAGUGUUCGAGACGCUAUAA